CGGGGGUAAAUUUCACAUUGACUGCGUGCACCCCGCGAUAAUUGGGCAGCCGGUGAAAAUGACGUGUCGCGGACCUUUUGAAAUAGGAAUAAACUGGUAUCGACCAGAUGGUGAAGAAGUAAGAGACUGUAUCAGGGGAAAGUACCGCUGUCCACGAUAUAGCGGAUACUACGGUAGGCCUCACGUAGAUGCUAAUUUAACAAGAGACACUUUGGAAAUAGAAUCCUUCGAUCAAGAAAAAGAUGGUGGUAACUGGACGUGCAGAGAUGGACGUGAUAGCAAAUCAUUUGGUACAUGUUGGCUAGGCCCUACAAAGGAGAAGGGUGAAGCAUUACACAUUGACUGCUACAGCUUCUCCGCAACUGGGCAGCAGACAUAUAUAACGUGUCGCAGUGGUUUUAGAUUAGGAGUACACUGGUUUCGACCAGAUGGUAAAAUAGUAAGAAGGUGUGACACGACCAAACUGAAGUGUUCAGUUGCUGACGGAUACCGCGGUUAUCCUAUCGUUGGUGGUGGUAUAGCAAGCGACACUUUGGUACUAGAGUCCUUCGAUCCAAACGUUGAUGAUGGUUAUUGGACGUGCAGAGAUGGACGUGAUGGCACACAAUUUGCUGAAUGUCUGAAGACCUUAAUGCCAGGAAGGCAGAAGGUCUGUGCAGAUGGACAUUGGGGCCAUUCUUGCAAGAAAUGUGGACAUUGUAAAGAGUCUUCCUGUAAUAAAAGCACUGGGAGAUGUCAGUGUGAGACAGGAUGGGAUGGAUCGACAUGUACAUUCUGCGCAGAUGGUUAUUGGGGUCAGACUUGCAAGAAAUGUGGAGAUUGUAACGGGUCUUCCUGUAAUAAAAGGACUGGGAGCUGUCAGUGUGAGACAGGAUGGGCUGGAUCGACAUGUACAAUCUGUGCAGAUGGAUAUUGGGGUCAGUAUUGCAAGAAAUGUGGGCAUUGUAAAGAUUCUUCCUGUGAUAAAAAGACUGGAAGUUGUCAGUGUGAGACAGGAUGGGCUGGAUCGACAUGUACAAAACCUAUUCCAACCACGCCAACCACCACGCCAGGUAUGUUUAUAUUAAUUUAUAAUUACUCAGGAGAACAAGCAGUAGAGAGUCUUGUUUUCUUCAGACUUCUGGUGGGCACAGAAUUUGGCACGAACGAUUGUGUCGUUCGUGUGUCUGUUAUGCAAAACCAAUAUCAAUAUAAACGACAGAUCGUUCGUGCAAAAGCUGUAAUCAUUUGUCAGAAAAUUUAUAAAGACAUGUUUCCUAAUCAUGUCACUGUUUUUGGAAGAAAAUAAUAAGAUAACGGGCCUACAUUGUUGGUGUUUGAAAGAUACAAAGUAAUCGGUUUGAAAUCAGCACCGCAGUCGAUAGAAGUCUCGAAAAAGUUAAGUAACAUAGCUGCAAGGUUCCCUUUGGUCAUUUCGCUAGGUGCACAAAAACAUAUACUGUUCGGAAAUUAAAUGGACUGGCCUGAGUUUCACCCUUAGUGAGCAUUCCGGUUUGUGUGUGUGUGUGUGUGUGUGUGUAUGUGUGUGUGUGUGUGUUUUGUCUUUUUUUAACCAAUCUGUAUUCAGCUACUACGAAACAUUAGGAUGAAAAGAAAUGUAUUGGAUUUACAGAUAAUCAUAUUCGAAUCAAGACAAUGUAAGUAAAUUAUAAUUUUAAUAAUUAUAAAAGGUUUUGUUGGCCAAUAUACGAUUCGAGUAAUUUUGGUAAUUUACUUUCAGACCCAGAAGCAUUAAAGACGCUCAAUCACGGAUGGUUGACCUAAUUAUUUACCCAACAAAGUAUUAUAUGACAAUAUAUAUAUUUGAUUUGUAUGUAAAAGUAUUUUACUGAACAAUCUACAUAACUAGCAUAUUCCACUUAUUAUUGAUAUUUUAUUUUAAAAAAUGAAAAAAAAAAAAAUUUGAAUUAUGACUACGGUUCAUAAUU